AUGGGCUGCGGGGGCAGCCGCGCCGACGCUAUCGAGCCCCGCUACUACGAGAGCUGGACGCGGGAGACCGAGUCCACCUGGCUGACCAACACGGACUCGGAGAGCCCGCCGCAGGAGGGCGGCAGCGCCGAGCCCGCCGCCCGGGAGCCGGGCGCCCCGCGGCCCGGUAUUCUGGAGGACGGGAAAUCAGCUCAGACAGGUGUAACUACAGCAUCAGCAACAGCUGGAACACUGAACACCGAGAAGAGGAACACCUGUGGGUCUCAGUGUGCGAACCCUAUGGUCCACGACACCGGAGCUACAAUGCAGAGACAGAACAGCUUCAGGACAGCAGAGAGUAAAUGGGACACACAGAAAAUGUCCACAAAAGAAGUCAGCAUUAAUGUUACAAAAAGCAUCAGACAAAGUGACAGAAGGAAAACAAAGAAUUGUCUCAAUUAACGAAGGAAAUUGCGGGUGAGGAUGGACCUAACAAUGCUUCGCUGCACUUUAAUUGUCAUCAGUCGCUGGAAAUGUGAUGAUCUCCAGAUGUUCCAUGUUGAAUACGGCAGGCAGCUGCUGCUGAGUGCCUUCAGAAACAUGUCUUGUAGAAACCGGCUGCAGACACUGUAAGACGUUCAUUCGUUUAAAGGAGAGGCACUGCACAGACGUACGCCAAAAUUCACGCCAGUUGGUUUAUCACUAAGUCCUGUGUUAUCUCCUUGUGUAUGUCCUGUUCUGCAUUGCUGUUGGGAUGAGGCCGGAUGAUGAGAGGUACAGUUCAUCGUGGUUUAAAACAGGAAAUGAACACAUGAAUCUGCAUUUUUAGUCAUAAGGGGUUUCGAGUGUGUAUAUCCAAACCCACGGAGCUCAUUUAAAGUACUUGCAUUCAUAAAACUCAAACCCAGAGAUCUCACAGGUGGCUUCCACUAGAUCUCUUUUAAACUAUAUAUAUUGGUUAUAUAUAGUUAAGUCAUAUAGUAACCUUUCUAUAUAUUAAUCUUUUAAUUACUUAGUUUGAAUUUAUUUUGUGUAUUGGACAGAAUUUAGCUCUUAAAACCAGUAAGAUGCAUAUUGAUCAGCCUUACUUGAAAUUCCUAGUCUUAGCUGGGAGGUAGGGUUCUGGCUGCUUGGUUAUUUUAUACGUGCCCCUUUAAUUAUGUUGAGGCCCAGACUGAUUUGGAAAAAAGCGAUCAUUAAUAUUACAUGAAAAUAACUCAAAUUCUUAAAACCAUAUUCCAAUGUCAGCUCCAAAAAUUAACAUUAUUUGAUCAGAUAUAGUUGAUUUCCUGUGCAGAACUUAUUUGAUUGCAAUGAAAGCAUCCUGUAUCAUAGUACUCCACAUUUUUCAUACAUAUACAGCUAAAAGGAAUAUAAAUGUUCAAUGUAGUAAAGUCCAGGAAUUAAUUCAGUGUAUUACUUCUUAAUAUAGGAGUAAUAAUAUAUAUUCACUGGAACUUUGUACAUUUAUGAAGAUAAAAGAGGUAAAUUUAUUUGCCUCCCCCAUCAGACAUGGAUGAGUAUCCUUAGAAGGCCACUAAAAUAACUAUUCAAGAGUAGUUCAUAACAAACAGGUGGCGUUGGGGAGAAAAUCCGUGUAUGAACUGUAAGAAGUCCUUUUUACAGGUAAGUGAAUAAGUAUAAAUAGAAUUGUAGGACUGAAUCCUAAUUUAUUCCAUAUUAGGAUCAUUUUAAUAACUUGCUGCUAGGUGUGUGAGUACUUAAUACUUUCCUUGGAGUACAAGUCUAUGCAAUAGGGAAUUGUUUAUUAAUUAUUCAGACAGAAAGGCAAACUGAAAUCCAGAGUCAGUGUGAUAUUUUUGCAUACAAUAGCAUAUGUAUAAGAAUUAUUUAUUUUUAGAUGCCCCAAAAAGGGGCAAAGAACUUGUGCUAAGCUUUGUGCAGGUCAGUGUGUUACGUGGUAAGUGAUCUUGUGCUGCACAUUUACAUAGAAGAAUGAGAAAUGAUUGCAGAUAGCAUCGUAUGGGUAAGACAAUGGCAGUCUGCACAUGUCCUUCCAACUUGUGGCUUUCUGCCAACUUACUGGCAACAUCAUAGGACAGGAAGGGACUUGCCUCACUCUAACAAUAAACAGUGGCUGUAGCAGCUCAGCAAUAUUAAUUUAGAAGCGGCUAGCCAUUGCUGGUGGCUGUGUACCCAGCUAAUUGAAAGCACAUGUUCAGGAUUCUGCAUUAUUUCUGUAGAGCAGAAGAUGAACCAUUUAAGAUCUGUGCCAAGGCUUGUAACGUGCUUCUGUUUCAGUGGAUUUACUGGCAAAGAGAGUGCAGUAUAAACCCAUAUGAUACAGGGAAGCUACAGAGAGUGAUUAACGAUGCUGAUGUGUGAAAAGGUAGAGGGGAUUUUGAAAAGGUGAAGGAGAAGGUUCAUUGUGUUUAAGUAGCUGUUCCACAGACAGUUGCCUUGAGUGGAUACCGCAUUAGGGUGACUAGAUGCCAGAAGAAAGCAGACCUGGCAGUGAGAUUAUUUACUAGCUAAGAAAUUAUUUUCUAAUGCUGCACUGACCAGAUGCAUCCGAUGGCUUGGGUCACACAACAGAAGCACGUCUUCAAUGCUGCAUAGUGCAUUGGUAUGAGAACCGGUCCUCGCUUUGUGUCAGCAGUCAGCAGGGAGGCAAGUUUUGAGUCUCGUAUUCAGAGCAUGAGAUGUGACAGGAUGGUUAGCAGCAGGCGGCCUUGCUACAUAAUUAUCUGGGCAAUACCAUUGACCUUGUUUAUGUUGACCACAUCCCCCAGCAGGGUGGCAGCUGUGGAGUGGGGAAAGCUGGCUGCCCUGCGUGACCCCUCUGCCUGCUCGUGAGAACUUCACUGAGCUACUUCAAGAUCCCAUAAACUUGUUUAUAUCCUGAAACUUAACUUUAGGGCAUUCAAAUACUGGAUCCAACUUCUGCGGUAAAAACCAUGUCUAGUUACAAGCAACUUUAUAUAUUCUUCACAUGUAACACAUUACUGUUCUUAUUCUUGUUAGGUGGUAACUAAAAAGAAGUUACAUUAUGUCUUAGGUGAAGUCUUAGUUCUUGAUGUGUAAGCUUCAAAUGACCUUAAUAAAACUAAGCGUGUGUUGUGGAAAUACGGAUUGUGCCUUUAUACACAGAUAAGGUUAUAGUUGUGUUUUCUUUACUUUCCUUCUAUAAGAGAUAACUACCAGUAGAAACAACCAAUUUUUUUAUAUCAUAAUAUACCACUCUGUACAAUUAAGAGUGACAGAAUCUAGUCUAUACUCCUUAAGUAAGUAUAAAGUCCUGAAAAUAGAUUUCUGUGCUCGUUUUAGUAGAAGAAGCAAGCUCAAAGCAUCAUCUGGACAUCUUCACUCCAGGUGGCCUUCCUAGGAGUGAAGAGUCUUAUUUACAGGGUCUGUUCUUCGAGUAGCAUCUUUCAAAUAUAAACAGCUCAAAUACAGGAAACAAAAUAGCCAUGUUAGAAGACAUAGCCUUUUAGACAAAGGACGUGUGGACAUCUCUGUCUUGUUACAUGACAGGAUUUUUGAAAUGUAAUUUUCCCAAAAAAGAUAUUAUGCCAGUUAAUUUGUUUGAUGUCCCUUGGCCGCACAUGAGGAUUUCUGCAGCUGCACUGAAACAACACGUUUCUGCUGGAAUUAUUUGCCAACAUCUGGUGAGUUUUUAUGAUUUAACUGAGUUCAGGUUUUAAGCAGAAACGAACUUACUUUGUCCUGUUUCCAUAAUUUCAACACAAUGUAUAGAUAGGAUUUUCCUCUGAUGUGUAUAUACAUGUAAAAUACAUUUUCUUCCACUAUGUGAGAAAUGGAAUCACUCAAAAGAAAGUGGACCAUUGGAUAAAGAAGAGAGAGAAUUUACAGUUACCAGUAGACAUCAUUAGGCAAAUUCAUCUUCUUAAAUAGCCAGUGCAAUUUUACCUUUCAGUAUUUCUUCAUGCUGUCCCUUACUCUUCCUUAAAGUAUUUCAUCAUUUCAUCGUUACCAUAGGACAUCGGCUGGAAUCACACAAUUUUACCAUGUGACAGAAACAAUCUUGUACUGAAAGAAUAGGAAAGUAUAAUUAUUGUGUAAGCAAUAUAUGACUACUGAGUUAAACAUGCAUUCUUGUUAGCUCAAUAACUGAGUUUGCAUACAAGACAGAAAACAGAUAUUUUUAAUUUUCCUAGUAUGUUCAUAGUCAUAUAUAUUCAUAUGUGCAUGUCUCUGCAUGGUGUACAUUGUAAUGGCUUUAGUGUGUACUUCUGUUCUGCAGUUCUGGCAUGUUUUUUCUGCAAACCUUUUACUUGUGUUUCUAAUUCUGACACCCAAAUGUAAAAUGUUUCAAUGUUUGAACUGAAAUCUGUUUUAUAUGCCUUACGAGAAGAAUGAGCUAAAUAAUUUGUGCACAGAAAUGUUGUUUGAAAAAGCGGGGUUAGUUUUAUUUGGAAAUAAUAAAUCAUCUAUCUAAAUUCAAACUAAUUAACAGGAGCAUUU